AAUAUUGAAUCACUGGCGCAGGAAAUGGAUGAACAAGAAGAACCAGAAACACAAAAAUGGCACUUGAAUGAUUCAAAUUUACCAGAUGAUGUAAAGUCAACUAGACAAGUUGACUAUGGGGACAUCUUUCUGAACAGAUUAUUUCAUACAAAGCUACUUCUUGCCGACUACAUUGAUUCUGCUUUUGAGGGAUUAGUAGACCAGCAGUCAUUAUCCAUUUCAAUUCGUUACUUCUUUUGCAUGUUAGAUAGACUUGGAAAAGACUAUAAUAUUGAGUCAGAAGUGUUGCAAUCAUGGAAACAGGAGUGUUAUGCUACACGAAUUUGGGCUCAAUUGAUCGGUAAACCGGAUAUACUGUUUGAUGUAAAUGUGCCUGGUCAUGUAGGCCCAUGCUUGGACAUUUUGAGACAAGUUGUUGUGGAAAGCUUCACGCAAACAGACAAUAAAGUUAACAAGGAAUCACCAACACAGAAAUUGUUGUUCCAUAAAGAUAUAGCAAGAUACAGAGAGUUAAUCGGUCCCUUCUUCGCUUCUGUUAUGCCAGUGACUGAUCAGGAAUUUUUGAGUGAAAUAGACGAAAUGUCGAAGAGACAGAAGGAAGACCUGACGUUUAGCAGACAAUCGACACUAGAUCAGCUAUACCAGUUGUUCAUUGUAAAAUACAGACGGGAAAUAAUUGAUGAUUUAGAGGACAUGGAAGAAAGUAAAGAUCUACAAUUCGUCAAUACACUUGAAGAAGUCAUAGAUUUGAUGGAAGAAGCUUCUACUAAUUUUUAGGUUUAUAAGUAUUCAUCUUAUCACAUGAAUUGUGGUAAAGGUUUCUUUCAUAAUGACUGUAUUUUUUUCUGUAGACUACGAUGAUUUCAUUAUGACAUUAAAUAAAUAUGAAUGUAUGGGCCUACAAAUAACCAAUACAGUAUUAUUAGAAUGUGACAGCCUCAUUCAAUCAUAGUGUUAUGAUUAAUAAAGCAAAACAAAAUUAAUGAAUGAAUUGGGUAUGCAAUGUGCAAUUUUAGUCUGCAUUUAUUUUGUUCUUACUUAUUUGAAAUUUCUUUUUCCAAGUUUAUGGAUUAAUGUUUUAUCAUGAGUAUAUAAGACAUAUGUAAUAAAACAUAGAUUGUAACAAACAUCAAAUGUCACAAACAUUUCGAGAAAUCUAAGACAGUACUGCGGACUACACAAACCAUCUUAUUUCAUAGUCAAACGGUAUAUUCCAUAUCUUAUAUUUGUAUAUUGAAAUAUUUUACUUGUACGUUACAAAAGAUCGUAACAUAAUUGAUCACCGUUUGUCUAUAACAAGUAUAAUAGAGUCUAGAAAGCAACGUAAAAAUCUACAUUUGCUGCUUUUAUUUACUUUAAAAAGGCAUACGAUACUAUAAAUAGAGCAUUGCUGUUAAGCAAAUUAGAGUUACUUGGUGUUAGUUCUAAAAUUAUUAAGGCAUUAAGCUUGAAUUAAGUUAAAUGGUAUUUUAUCUGACUGCUUCCCAGUUAAUACUGGUUUCAAACAAGGGUGUCUAAUUUCAUCAUUAUUGUUUAACUUUUUCAUUAACGAUUUAAUUGAUGAUGUCAAAAAGUUAAAAUGUUGGUAUUAUGAAGAAAAAGUGUGUAUAUUGUUAUAUGUAGUUUUCUUAACAGAAAGUGAAAGUGAAUAACAAAUCAAUCUAGAAAAAUCAAAAGUUAUGCAUUUUAUAGAACACCUUCUGUGCUAUGUACUAAUUUUAAUUUUGUUUUUAAUGGAAAAUGUGUUUGAUAAAGUAUCAAAUUAUACAUAUUUCGGUUUAUUAUUAACCGAAUAUUUGAGUUAAGAGAAUAUGGCAAAAGCAGUUGCAAAAUCUGCAAGUAGGGUAUUAGGGUUAUUAAUAGCAAAUGUAAAGCUCAUGGUGGUUUUCAAUAUGAUGUAUUUACAAAACUGUUCAAAUCAAUUGCAUGGUCAGUGAUUGACUAUGGUGCCUCUAUUUGGGUUACUAAGGAAUAUUCAUAUAUAAAUGCUGUUAAACAUAAGGCUAUGAGAUUUUAUAUGGGAGCGGGUAGAUAUACCUCUAACUUUAAACUUUAUGGAGAUAUGGAAUGGAAACCAUGUAUUGUUAAACAAUGGUCUUCCAUAUUUAGAACAUGGUCACGAUUUAAUAAGAUGUCUAAUUAUAGGCUUGAUAAGAAAACUUUUCUUUUGAGUGAUAACAUCAGUUUUAAUAGAGUAAAAAAAAAAUGUUGAGUGAAUACAAAGUUUAAAGAACUUGAUCAUGUUGAUCUUAAUCAGUAUUGUUAUAUUGAAUGUAUUUUAAGCAAGUCUGUUAUUAAUGAUAUUGAAGACAAACUAUCUAUAAUGUACCAAAAUAAAUGGCCUUCAAAUUUACUAGCUAAUGAAAGCAGUAAAUUGCGUACUUACAGGUUAUUUAAAUCAAAUUAUGGUACAGAAAAAUAGUUAAGUAUAACUAUGCCCGGUAAAUAUAGAAGUGCAUAUGCUAAAUUUAGAGCAGGUGUUGCUCCGAUUAAAAUUACAACUGGCAGAUAUGAAGGUAGAGAUGUAAAUGAAAGGUUUUGUUUUGACUGUAGAAAAAAUUAUUUGAAUAUAAUUGAAGAUAAAAAGCAUGUUUUAUUAAAAUGCCCAGAAUAUGCAGAUUUGCGAACGAUAUUUUUAACAGUGUAUGUAAUAUAGAAAGUAGUUUUAGUAAUUUAAGUAAUAAGGAAACGUUUUUAUUUAUGUUUCGUGAUGACAGAGUUUUUUAUUUUACAACCAAAAUCUACCAUGAAGUACUUUUUAAGAGAAAGUGUAUUUUAUACUCGUAAUAAGUGUAUAUAAUAUUGUUUAUGUCUUUUGUAUAA